CGAAUUCCGACUGGGAACGUUCUUUAUUAGAUAGAAAGGUUAAAAAAAUAUAUGUAAAGCUCGACAGAUAAAAUGAAAAAAAAAAACAUUCCUGAUUUCUAAAAAAAAUUAUUUCAAAUUUCGGGAAAUCUUUUGUAUUGUAAUAUAUUUUUUUUUUUUAUGUAUAGUCGUAAAUAUAUUUCACCUGACUCUGAGCCACCACUGAUAGCUCGGAUGUGAUCUUGUGUCGUCAAAGAAUUUUUUUUCAGAUUUCUCAAUGUUCUACAAAAACUAAUAACUAGAAACAAUUUAGUUGUAUUUCACGACGCUAUGGAAUAAGCUACACAAAUUCGAAAUUUUGCAAUGUGUUUCUUAUCCAAGACAUUCCUCCAGAUUUGACAACAAUAACAGCUAUUCUAAUAAAUCCAAGAUGUCUGAAAGUCCCAUACAGCGCCGGAACUUGGAGAGUGAGAUGUUGUUCUUACGUCAGCAACAUGCUAAGACUUUGAAAGGAAUGCAUGAAGAAAUCAAAGUUCUACAAAAGAGAUGUACAGAUCUGACUUUCAAGCUAACUAUGCAAGGCCUGCAAACUGAUGAUCCUAGUGAAGUUGAAGCGGCAGAACAGAAAAUAAAGAAUUUAGAGGAAGAAUUAGAAAGUAUAAAAACCAAUGAAAGUAAUAUAGCGGAAUUGCUGAAGAAAGAACGUAACGAGAUAAAGAAAUUGGAGAUUCAGUUGAAGUACCAAGCUAUAAAACACAAUCAGGAGCUGAUUGCCAAAGACAAAGAACUGAAUAACCUCCGUUCAGAUCUUGAUUCCAAAGCUGACUACAUAGCCCACCUUUCCACCGAGCUUCACAAGAUGAAGAUCCAGCAGAAACUCGAAGAGAAUCUCAAUCUAAAGUCUAAAGAAAAAUCAUUCCAUUCUGCUCCUGUCCCACCAAAGAAUGCUCCAGGCUCUUCUGGUGGCAGGCAUUCGAGACGUGGCUACAUGCAAAAGAGUCGGUCAGAUGAUGUGGAAAUGAACGACGGUUGGCAUUCUCCGCUGUCGUCAUCUGGAGGACGGUCCAGCGUCAACUCUCGGAACCAUGCUCUGCAUCAGAGCAGCCCCCACCAUAUAGUCACAGUGCAGAAUUCCUCUUCUCAAGAUCACAUGGAGCUGACAUCUUCCCAGUAUGUUAACCGUGAGCUUUAUCAAAAGCACCGUCAUCCCGGCAACGGGAACUGCUCCACUAACAACGGCAGUAGUAGUAGUAGUAAUAAUAAUAAUAAUAAUAAUCCCUCCAACAUGGCUGGGUCUUCAUCACUACUUAUCAAAUCGAAGCCAACAUCUCGUUUGCUGCCACCAAUUCGACAGAAUAACAACCAGAUACAAGGUCAGAAUUUACAACACGUCUAUGUCAAAAAUGUGGUCAGACCACACUGCUUUAGAAAACAGUCCUGUGAAUGUAACGGUCCUCAACUAGAGACACUAGCAGUGGAGUCGAUAGCAAGAUUUGACAAUAGUUGGAGGGGCAACCACCACCACACUAAAAGCACCGAGUACAAGUAAAAUAAUAAAAAUAAUUAAAAAAAAAACGAAAAAAAAGCAAAAGAAAAAAAAAAGCAAAAAACCCCCCAAAAAAACAAAACAAAACAGAAUUAGUCUUUGUUAGUAAAUUAAAGUAAGAAUCGCAGAAUUCAAAAAGAAAAAAAAACGUAGAAAGUUGUUUUCGUCGUAUUCAUCGUAUGAAGUU